UCCACGCCAUCCGCACGUGCCAGUCUAGACUAGUCUAUUCCGGUCCUCCGCCACGAUAGAUCACGCGCCGCUCCUCCCGGUCACCCUAGCGCCGCCACCGAACGGCCUCCCGAACCCCCCAAAUCGCGAGACCACCCGCGGCGGUCGGCCAGCCGGCGGGAUAGGCGACGAGGCGAAGUACCUGGAGACGGGGCGGGCGGACCGCUCCGUGUGGCUCAUGAAGCGCUCCCCCGUCGUCUCCCUGGCCUGGCAGGGCGCCUCCGCCUCCUCCAGCGAAGCUAACCCUAACCCGGCCGUCGCCAAGGUCGUGCUGUCCCUUGACCGCCUCAGCUCCGCCGAGCCCUCCCUCCAGGCAAGGAGCCCGCCCCGCCCAGCACCCUGAUGUUUCCCUCUCUUUUGAUUGGUGCGCAAAUUUGUUCAGUAGAGUCGCCUCGAUUGAGCUGCAGAACCGGUGGUUUACUCGGGAGUUGUGUGGUAGUUAGCUGGUGAUCUAACUGGAUGGCAUACUGCUUGAUAGGAAUAAACUAGGGCUAGAGACAAUUGUCCUCAUGAACAACAACCUUCCUUCUAGUACUCCACAGGCUAGGCUAGGCUAGGUACAAGCUCGGGGAAGACUGGUUGAACUGCAGUAUAAUUUCUUAAUAGCUGAAGAAGUGGAUAGGAAAAUCAUAUCUUUGAUGCUAGAAUUGAUUGAGUGGGUGGGUUGUUUUUGUUCGAGAGAAACUACCUUUUGCUAGAUUCAAUUAUGUAAUCACUGUAUUUUGCGUACACUAUGAAGAGCAUACAGAUCUUAUGCAGAUUGAACUUAGUACAUAUAAGAUGCUCAUUUGAAGAACUGGAUGGCAUACUGCUCUGUCCUAACUGUUAAUUUUUGUUCAUUCUAUGCCAGUAUCAUUCUCAUUAUUUCUUGCUUGUGGUGCUUAUCGUUCUUACAUCAUGUUAUUUGGGAUGACAGUUCAAGAUGCAGAAGGCUCAAACUAGGGAAACUAGCGCUUGCAGUUUACCAAAGAGUUCCUCCUUGAAUAUGCUCUUACUCCUCCUCCUCCAGCUCCUCGCCAUCACCACCCUCCCUUGCUCUGCCAGCAACGCCACCCAACUAGUCUAUGACACGGAGGGCAACGUGCUAAGUAGCAAGCAAAAUUACUACAUCCUCCCUGCUAAACGUGCGAGCGGCGGGGGCCUUAGAGCUUUGCCUACUGGCCUGCGGUGUCUGCACUUCGUGUUCCAGGAGCGCAGCGAGGCUGUCCUCGGCACCGCCCUGUGGUUCACGCCACUACCAGAACACGCUUCAGCCAGCGAGCCGAUUCGCCUGUCGAGCGACAUCUGUAUCGAGUUCCAUGAUUUCGAUAGUUUUUGCUCUAAAAGGCUAGAUUGGCACCUUACCGGACAAGUGCCGGAGUCGUCAUCAGGUGAGCCUAAACACGUGGCCGCCGGCAGUGAAGAGGGCCUAAGAUCGUUUGCGGUGUUCCGGGUUGAGAAGCAUGGCACAGGUCUCUUGGGAUAUAAGAUAGUUUCAUGUGUUGACAAGGGGCCAUGCAAAGAUCUCAAGAUGGAGAUGCCUCAAACUAGGGAAACUAGCACUUGCAACUUACCAAAGAGUUUCUCCUUGAAUAUGUUCUUCCUCCUCCAUCUCCUCGCCAUCACCACCCUGCCUUGCUCUGCCAACAACGCCACCCAACUGGUCUAUGACAUAGAAGGCAACGUGCUAAAUAGCAAGUCAAAUUACUACAUCCUCCCAGCCAAACCUGCGAGCGGUGGUGGCCUCAAAGCUGUCCCAACCGGUCUACGGUGCCUACAUUUUGUGGUCAAGGAGCGCAGCGAGACUCUCCUCGGCACACCCCUGCGAUUCACUCCGUUGCCAGAACAUGCUUCUGCCACUGAGCCGAUCCGCCUGUCGAGUGACAUAUGGAUCAAGUUCCACGACUUGAGAAGCUUUUGCUCUGAUGUGCUAGAUUGGCACCUUACCGGACAGGUGCCGGAGUCGUCAUCAGGAGAGCCUAAACACGUGGCCGCCGGCAGUGAAGAGGGCCUAAGAUCGUUUGGGGUGUUCCGGGUUGAGAGGCAUGGCAUAGAUCUCUCGGGAUAUAAGAUAGUUUCAUGUGUUGACAAGGGGCCAUGCAGAGACCUAGGUUUGCAUGUUUAUAAGGAUAAGACAUGGCUGACUGAAAAGGACUAUAUAGGUGGUUUUUUGCUUGCUUCUCGAGGUGAUCCGUGUAGGCAUGUUCAUUGUAUCGCCACAGUGGUGUCCAUGUUAUGUAAUGUGUUCCACCACUUUCGAAUAACGCGAUACUAACUAUAUCAUGUGAAAAGAGGAGCUAAGAGGGACCAUGUUAAAAUUGCUCAUGAUAAUAACUAGCAGCCAGAGUUAGUUAUUUGAAUAAAGUUCUUUUAAAUGGGUUGAUGACCCUCCAGACUGGAUCCUUUCUGUCCUGGCAAAUGAUGUAAUCGUUGUUCAAGUUAAUAAAGCUAGCCAUUAUGGCCACUCCCUAAAUAGAAAAAUCUAGCAUCUAAUUUUCCCUGGCGCAUGAGGGAAUACUUCUGUUUGUAAGUGUUUCUUGUGCCAAGCAACAAGAAAUGGUUGGUGAAUAUUAUAGAAUCACAGCGCGUAUUCAUGCAGUAUUAGUUUCGGGGACAAGGCUAGUUGCUAGAUAGGGUGCAGUUGACCUAUA